CUUUCUCCUGUUAACAUUUUCGUUAUUUCUGUUUUUUUUUAAAUUGAACUUCCUAAAAUAGAUAAAAACAAUGAAACUUCAGUUCAUCCGUUGCUGUCCUAAAUUUCUCAUUUUCUCAUAGGCGGCUAUUCGCAAUUUUAGGAAUCCACUCAAGACUCUUUAUUUCUCUCUCUCCAUUUAAUCUUACCAUGAUUUUUUUUUCUCUCUCUCUGCUGACCCAAGCCAACCUUUGAUUCUCUAAUUCAAUUUGUUUUCUUAAAAAAAAAAAAAAAAAAUUGCCACCCAAAGAAUACGAAUCCUUGUUUGAAUCCACCACAUUUCGAAAUCAUUCUUGCUGAACUCAUAUUUUUCCAGUUUUCUCUUUUUGUUUCCCCCCUUCUUCUCUAUCCUACGUUAGAUUUUAAGAUCUGUGUUAAUCCCAAUAAGUUUGGUUGCUGCUGUUAAGAGAUUUCAGAAACAAUUUGGUCUAAAGAUCAAAAAACACAUUUUCAUCCAAAAGCUCGAAUUUUUAUCCCCUGUGGGGGGAUUGGUUGUGGUGGGUGCAAUUUCAUUCCUCAGUGAAGAAUAAAGAAAGAUUAGGAGGCUAAUUAAAACAUACAGUUUCCUGAUUCCGAUCAGGAAACUGUGGACUGUUCACGGAAUCACGAAACUCUGUAGAAUUAUGGGAUGCAACUGCACCAAAGGAACACGAGCAAAUGAUCACGUGGAGAACAACACGAAUGUUACUGGGAGGGAGAGACGAAGCAAGAAGCCUAAGACAAUGAAAACCUCCAACAAGAAGAAAAAGUCUGCUUCCUCUAGCAAUGCAGGAGCAGAGGAAAGAGGCAACAACAACGAAUCCACAUUGAGGUUUUUGAUGCCCAUUGAUGCCAAGGACAAUGAUGGUGCGGAGAAGAAGGUGAAUCUUGAGAGAAAAUCUUCUAGAUCGGUGUUUCAGAGACGGCCCACCACCCUUGAGGUGGCAGGGACUUUGCAACAACCUAAGAUGACUAGAAUAUGCAGUAUUACUAAUGGAGAAAGAGGUGCUCAGGUUAUGGCUGGUUGGCCUUCUUGGUUGGCUUCUGUUGCUGGAGAAGCUAUCAAUGGAUGGAUUCCUCGCAAGGCUGAUUCUUUCGAGAAGUUGGAAAAGAUUGGACAAGGGACCUAUAGCAGUGUCUACAAAGCCCGGGAUUUAGAAACGAACCAACUAGUUGCGCUGAAGAAAGUGCGGUUUGCUAAUAUGGAUCCCGAGAGUGUUCGGUUCAUGGCAAGAGAAAUAAUCAUCCUUCGAAGGCUUGACCAUCCUAAUGUUAUGAAGCUUGAGGGUUUGAUCACUUCAAGAGUAUCAGGGAGUAUGUAUCUUAUAUUUGAAUAUAUGGAACACGAUCUUGCUGGCCUUGCUUCAACCCCUGGUGUUAACUUCUCCGAGGCACAGAUUAAGUGCUAUAUGAAACAGCUGCUUCAUGGUCUAGAACAUUGUCAUAGCCGAGGCGUAUUGCAUCGUGACAUCAAGGGCUCUAAUCUUCUGCUUGACCAUAACAACAAUCUCAAAAUUGGAGAUUUCGGUCUUGCCAACUUUUACGGGGGCCAACAGAAGCAGCCUCUCACUAGCCGUGUUGUAACUUUGUGGUACCGCCCACCUGAACUAUUGCUCGGGUCAACAGACUAUGGAGUUACUGUGGAUCUGUGGAGCACAGGAUGCAUACUAGCUGAACUCUUUACUGGGAAGCCUAUCAUGCCCGGUAGAACCGAGGUAGAACAACUACACAAGAUCUUCAAACUUUGUGGCUCACCUUGUGAAGAGUAUUGGAGAAAAUCGAAACUUCCACAUGCCACCAUCUUUAAACCCCAACAACCUUACAAAAGGUGUGUAGCCGAGUCAUUUAAGAGUCUUCCAUCUUCAGCUUUGGCCCUAGUUGAGGUUCUUUUAGCUGUAGAACCAGAUACUCGUGGAACCACAGCUUCUGCCCUUCAAAGUGAGUUCUUUACGACAAUGCCUUUUGCAAGUGACCCCUCAAGUUUACCAAAGUACCAACCGAGAAAGGAAAUUGAUGUGAAGGCGCGAGAGGAAGCAAAACGAAAGAAAGGCACUAGCACUAAACAAAAUGAGUCAAAACAAGUAUCUAGAGAAUCUAGAGCUGUGCCAGCUCCAGAUGCCAAUGCUGAGUUGCUGACAUCAAUACAAAAACAUCAAGGGCAGCAGAAUAAAGAUGCAGCUAGCUUCCGGAUAGAACCACUGAAGAGUGGAACUCCACAAGUCGGUUACAAUCGUUAUGGUGUGUCCUCUGUGAAUAGAAAUGGAGAGAAUGUUAUGAGGGGUUCGAGUCGUUCUCCGAGAAAAGAAUUGAGGACGCAGCGGUCUUUUGUCCAACGCGGAGCAGCCCAAUUGUCAAGAUUCUCAAACUCAGUAGCUGCUAGAGAUGGAUCACAUUUCGCUAUAGCGAAUCCACGGUGGCUUGAAGAUAGUUAUAGGAACGAUGGUGAUUGGUCCCAACGUUUGAUGGUUAAACCAAAAGGUUCUACAAAACACAAAGAAUCCAAACCGGUUUACGGUGAAAAGACAGAGAGAAUGCACUACUCAGGGCCAUUGGUUUCUGCAGGAGGAAACUUAGAUGAAAUGUUGAAAGAACAUGAAAGACAAAUUCAGUUAGCGGUUCGCAAAGCUCGGGCAGAUAAGAAGAUGAAUAGAGACGAUAACAAACAGGCUCAAGCGUUUCUUGCUGCAACUGGCAGGUGAAUGAAAUAUAUCAGAGAAGAAGAAACAAAGGAAGAAACUUUUGAGAUAUCAGGAAAAGUGCUGAAAGGUUUGGCGUUGUAGAGUCAACUGAUCUCUUGUGGGGUCUUGUGUAAAGUCCAAAGCUAAAAUUGUGUGAUAUAUUUGUUCUUGUUCUUGUAAAAUUUUAUUUUGUUUAGUUUUAGUAGAAUAAAAAUUAUUAUUGUUAUCUUGGUA